UAUUACCUGAUGAGGCUUUCAUCAAAUACAUGCAACUACAGAGACUAUUUCUCCAGGAUAAUUGCAUUGGCACAGUUUCCAUUCAGGCAUUUAGUGGUCUAUACAAGCUGCAAAAGCUAUCAUUGAGUCAAAACUGCAUUUCUCUACUUCCUCCUGGAGUGUUCAGUGAUCUUCAUAAACUCAAGUGGUUAAUUUUGGAUGACAAUCCUAUAGCAACAAUCACAGCAAACACAUUUACUGGCCUGAGUUCCCUCUUUUUCCUGUCAAUGGUGAAUACAUCUCUGGAGCAGCUCCCCUCUGUCAGACUCUGUGCCCAUAUGCCCUUACUCAGCUGGCUGGACUUCAAGGGGAACCACGUUAAGACACUGGGCUUGUCCACUUUACUCACUUGUGAACAUCUUACUGUACUAUCACUGAGAGCAAAUCUCAUCAAGAGUUUGCCGGAUAACACCUUCCAAUCCCUGCGCAUGCUGGGAGAUCUGGACCUGUCCAGUAAUUUGAUAAAGGAACUGCCAAUCAGUAUUUUCUGGGAUUUGCCUUCUUUGCAAAUUCUAAAUCUGUCCCAAAACCCACUGGAUCAAAUCCACCCGGGCCAAUUUGACCACCUAAUUCAGCUCCAGUCACUUGGCCUGGAGGGAGUGGAGAUCCUAAACAUCCAGACACGCAUGUUCCGGCCCAUGGAUAACCUCUCCUACAUAUAUUUCAAGAAGUUCCAAUACUGCUCUUACGCCCCACGUGUGCGAAAGUGUAAACCGAACUCUGAUGGGCUCUCGUCUCUUGAGGAUCUGUUGGCUAAUGUAGUCCUUCGUGUAUCUGUGUGGGUCAUGGCUUUCAUCACCUGCUUUGGGAACCUAUUUGUCAUCGGGAUGCGGACAGUCCUGCGGGCUGAGAACAACCUGCAUGCUCUCUGCAUCAAGGUUUUGUGCUGUGCUGAUUGCCUGAUGGGAGUCUAUCUGUUUUUUGUGGGGGUCUUUGAUGUGAAGUUCCGUGGCGAGUAUAACAAGAAUGCUAAGCUGUGGAUGGAGAGCCCAGAGUGUCGUACCAUUGGCUUCCUGGCUAUGCUGUCCUCCGAAGUUUCCGUCAUGUUGCUCACCUAUUUGACCAUGGAGAAAUUUCUGGUCAUUGUUUUUCCAUUCAGUCACCUGCGACCGAGUAAGUGUCAAACAUUUGCUGUCCUGAUCUCUAUAUGGCUGCUGGGAAUCUCUAUAGCUGCAGUGCCACUACUGAAUGAGGAGAUGUUUGGCAAUUACUAUGGACACAACAGCGUGUGUUUCCCCCUUCACUCAGAGCAUCUGGAAAAACCCAUUGCUAAGGGAUAUUCAACUGGAAUUUUUCUUGGACUUAACCUGGUGGCCUUCCUCAUCAUCGUCGUCUCCUACUCAAGUAUGUUUUACUCCAUCUAUAAGACAGGCAUCAAUGCCACAGAGCUGCGUGGACGGCUGCACAAGGAUGUGGCCAUGGCCCAUCGCUUUUUCUUCAUCGUGUUCUCUGAUGCCCUCUGCUGGAUUCCGAUAUUCCUGGUCAAAAUCCUCUCUCUGCUGGAAGUGGAGAUCCCAGGAACCAUCACAUCAUGGGUGGUGAUCUUCAUCCUCCCCAUCAACAGUGCCUUAAAUCCCAUCCUUUACACGCUGACCACCAGCUUCUUCAGAGAGCAGGUGGAACAUCUAUGGUGCCAUUGGAAGAGACAACCAAGGCUCAAACAGGACCGCAAAAGCCUUACCAGCUCUGUUGUCAACAUGGACCCCUCAAGAUCUUCUUUCUAUCACCGCAGCUAUAAUCCGCAGUCUAUAUUAGACGCCAGUUAUAGAUGAAGACACCCAUUUGUAUUGGUUGAACUUUGAAUUUUGUCUGUAGUGGAUCUACAGAGUUACAAAAGAGGUGCAAGGGCACUUUAAAAAGGAUGUAUUUAUACAGCUCCUUAGUGGUGGACUGGCAUAACCACAGGAUCAUGGACUGCAGUCAAAUUUGGUUCUUGUGCAGACAUAAUGGUGGUUUACAUUGUAGGCCUAUGCUUGAUCAAACACCUUAAGCUAUUAUGGUUGGACAAUAAUACAAAAGUGUUAAAAUUUACCAUAAAAAAACAAGAUAUCCAGAUAUCAUAUCUGGUUUGAGAAUUUCUGUAACUGCUGAUUUCCUGGGACUUUCACACUCAGCAGUCUCUAGAAUUUACUCAGAAUGGUGCCAAAAAACAAAACAAAACAAAAAACAUCCAGUGAGGGGCAGUUCUGUGGACGGAAAUGCCUUGUUGAUGAGAGAGGUCAACAGAGAAUGGCCAGAGUGGUUUGAACUGACAAAGUCUACGGUAACUCAGAUAACCGCUAUGUACAAUUGUGGUGAGUAGAAUAGCAUCUCAUAAUGCUAUUCUGAGAUGCGGGUUGGCGCUGUUUUUGCGGCACCAGGGAGGCCUACACAAAAAUAGGCAGGUGGUUUUA